AUGAGGCACACAGCAGGAAUUGAGGUUAAGAUCAGGCCGUGCGGCGAAGCGGAGUACCUGGAAGAGUACAAGAAUCCAGAUGCUGGCAUUCCAGACCACUGGAUCGACACCAUUGGCAGCACCUUGAUCUCUGGCCCGCCACAGCAAAGACUCCAGAUCUGUGUCAUCAUCGAGGAACACUUCAAGAUGUACGCCGCACGCGCGCUGGCGGUGGCAAUACAACUUCCCUCAAUGGAGGAACCGCAGGUGUGGGUGAUCCAAGUCGGCGACAGAGAUCCUACUGGAACGUAUGAGUUUUCCAGUAUUCUGAGGUGGACAGAAGACGGUGUGGGGCCUGCCAUUACGCCGUUGGAGUUGCCAGAACCUGAUCGUGAGUCUACCAGUCCGUUUGAGACUUCUUUACGACAAGCAUUGACAAGGAAGCAGCCAACAUCAACGUACCUCCAUUGGGAGAUACAUGGGACGAUGGAGAAGAGUCACCUCCAAGCAAAGGCUGCAUCGUGAUUGAAAUCAAUCGUGUCCGUGGAAAGCACUCACUGGGAGACUCUACAGUAGCGAGGCCGAAAGAGUUCAGCCCUGCGCGUUGGACGUAAGACUCGUCUGAGCGUUACCUGAAGACAUGAUUCGGUUAACAAUAUCGCAGGAACUUCCAAUCGCUUGUACCUAUUGUCGUCGAUCGAGAAUGGCUGAAAGGUCUCAGAAGCGAGAAUUACUUCGCCUUGCUCGGGGAGUUUCGCAACAUCGGUAAGCGCAUACAUGCGUGGUUCGUGACCCCCGAAAGACACUGAUUCGAGCAUUCAGAUCGCGAGAAGUUUGAGCAUGAAUUGAUCAUUGCGAAAGACCCUAUAGAUCUGGCAGAAAAAGAUGCCGUCAUCGAUGAUGAGGCCGACGACAGUGAAAAGGAGGACUUCGAUAAUGAGGAAGACUACGACUACCAAGAUGAUCACUAUGAGAAGAACAGCAGCGAGGAAGAAGAGUUGGACGACUCAGCUGCCUCCUCGCAAGCCUCCCCAAGUCCAACGCGAUAUAUCCCGAACCCUGGUCUCGUUGUGCUUCACCUCCCAGGCCACCUUCUUGCCAAGCUAUGUCGGCGCACCACUGUCGCGAGAGUACCUUCGAAACCGAACAUGCAACAGACCGGGCGUCAUGAUCGCGACGACAAUCGAGACCCUAAUAUCGUCAACGUCAAGAAGGAGACCGCGAUGAUAGAUCUCACCACCUCCGACGACAACAAGGAAACCCAACCCAUGGCGGCCAACAUCAAGAAACGAAGUCCGAUCGUCGAGGAUAGCGCCGUGCGUGACCGAAAGCGCAGCAAUUACGAAACUGCUACAUCGCGAUCACCGGCGGAGAUCAAGAAGCGUAAGAAGGAAAAGGAGAAAUGUAGACUUCAGCUUGAGGAGAUCAGGGCUCAGCGGCAACUGCUUGAGUUCUCCUCUGAUGACGAUGGAGAAUAG